CCCCACGCUACCGCGUAGUCUUUCUUGAAACGCUCCUCGCUGGCAGUGUUCGUAGCUCCGCGUCGCCGUGGUGCCCCUGCGGUCGGCGGUUUCCGCGUGGCCCGGAGCGAGGCCAGACGGCCCCCGCUCGAGGCCCGCGUCGCCAUGGCCGCGGUUCCCGAGUUGCUGCAGCAGCAGGAGGAGGACCGCAGCAAGCUGAGAUCUGUAUCUGUGGACCUGAAUAUUGAUCCCUCGCUUCAGAUUGAUAUACCUGAUGCACUCAGUGAGAGAGAUAAGGUCAAAUUUACAGUGCACACCAAGACCACGCUGCCCGCGUUUCAGAGCCCGGAGUUUUCUGUUACGAGGCAACAUGAAGACUUUGUGUGGCUACAUGACACUCUUAUUGAAACUACAGACUAUGCUGGGCUUAUUAUUCCACCUGCUCCUACAAAGCCUGACUUUGAUGGCCCUCGAGAGAAGAUGCAGAAACUGGGAGAGGGUGAAGGGUCUAUGACCAAAGAAGAAUUUGCCAAGAUGAAGCAAGAGUUGGAAGCUGAAUAUCUUGCUGUCUUUAAGAAGACUGUGUCCUCCCACGAAGUCUUUCUUCAGCGGCUCUCUUCGCACCCUAUACUCAGUAAAGAUCGCAACUUCCAUGUUUUCCUGGAAUAUGAUCAGGAUCUAAGUGUUAGGCGGAAAAAUACCAAAGAGAUGUUUGGUGGCUUUUUCAAAAGUGUAGUGAAAAGUGCUGAUGAAGUCCUUUUUUCUGGAGUUAAGGAGGUAGAUGACUUCUUUGAGCAAGAGAAGAAUUUCCUCAUUAACUAUUAUAAUAGGAUCAAGGAUUCGUGUGCAAAAGCUGACAAAAUGACCAGAUCUCAUAAAAAUGUUGCAGAUGACUAUAUCCACACUGCAGCCUGUCUGCAUAGCCUGGCUUUAGAAGAGCCCACCGUCAUCAAAAAGUACCUCUUGAAGGUUGCUGAACUUUUUGAAAAACUUAGGAAAGUAGAGAGUCGUGUCUCCUCAGACGAAGAUUUAAAGCUGACAGAACUCCUUCGAUACUACAUGCUCAACAUAGAGGCUGCAAAGGAUCUCUUAUACAGACGCACUAAAGCCCUCAUUGACUAUGAGAACUCAAACAAAGCCUUGGAUAAGGCCCGGUUAAAAAGCAGAGACGUCAAGUUGGCUGAAGCACACCAGCAGGAAUGCUGCCAGAAAUUUGAACAGCUUUCUGAAUCUGCAAAAGAAGAACUAGUCAACUUCAAAAGAAAGAGAGUGGCAGCAUUUAGAAAGAAUCUAAUUGAAAUGUCUGAACUGGAAAUAAAGCAUGCCAGGAACAAUGUCUCCCUCUUGCAGAGCUGCAUUGACCUGUUCAAGAACAACUGAUCUCCUCUUCUCCGAAUGAAGGACAUGAAUGUGAAGAAAGCCAGCAUCACUUGCACUUAAAUCAUUGCCACGGGAGAUUUAUUACCUUCGACUUUAGUUUAAAAUCAUGUUGUGAAUAAAUAUUUUGAUUUCUAAAAAUCUUAACUCUUAACCAUGUUGGUUUAAAAAUAUUUGUAUUGCAUGCUAUUUGGACAUAACUAAUCUUUUCCUUAUACAUUUAAUACCUCAAAGUGGGCAGAAUCUAAAUACUGGAUUCUCCUCUAAUUUGUCUUUCAUUGUUAAGAAACGGUGCAGGAAACAUGUGCCUUCUGGAAACAAGUAGAAGCAAAUUGCCUGGCACGCGUUGUCUUGCUGUUUGAUGUGCCCAUGUCCCUGCAAACCACUUGCUUUAUUGCAGCCAGUAAUUCAGCUUCUUACAGGUAACAUAGACAUUCCGUUCCUUAGUUAAAUGAUUUCGCCCCCUUCUUACUCGUGCUUCUCUAGUCACCUGAAGUGUUUGUACUAUAACAAGAGAAGGAAAAUCUCAUUUAUCUUUAUAUACCCUUUGCAGCUCCGUUUUUGUAGUUGGGAUAUAAAUACUUGAGGGGAGAGGCGUAUCUUAAGAGUAUAAAAACAGUACGGGCUGCUUUAGAAGAUCACCAGGUCUGCAUUAAGAUGUGAAGCCCCUCCCUAAUGGUAGUGGGGGUAUGAGUGUGUUUGGACGUUUUAUAAAAAUGUAUAAUAAAGUAAUAAACCAUGCUA